UUCUAAGGGGCUUGUACGGUAACUGGAGCAGUUCAGAGUUCAACAACAAGCUUCCAAGAUGCCGCCCAAAGGGAAAAGUGGUUCUGGAAAAGCGGGGAAAGGGGGAGCAGCCUCUGGGAGUGACAGUGCUGACAAGAAGGCUCAAGGUCCCAAAGGUGGUGGCAAUGCAGUAAAGGUCAGACACAUUCUAUGUGAAAAACAUGGCAAAAUCAUGGAAGCCAUGGAAAAGUUGAAGUCUGGGAUGAGAUUUAAUGAAGUGGCCGCACAGUAUAGUGAAGAUAAAGCCAGGCAAGGGGGCGACUUGGGUUGGAUGACCAGAGGGUCCAUGGUGGGACCAUUUCAAGAAGCAGCAUUUGCCUUGCCUGUAAGUGGGAUGGAUAAGCCUGUGUUUACAGACCCACCGGUUAAGACAAAAUUUGGAUAUCAUAUUAUUAUGGUUGAAGGAAGAAAAUAAAAUCAUAUGAAAGACUGAACAAGUUUUAUACAUUUUGUUUCUUUAAAAGGUAUUAGAUAUUCCUUUGAGCUGGAGCUGCAAGGAAAUACAAAAAUUUUAAAAAAGAAAAGAUAUUGGAUGCUCCUUGUAUUCUGUGAAAGCUCUAUGUAUGGGUUUGUAGGUGUAAGAGAGGGUGGGGAUAAGUGAAUGUCAACUGUAGUAGGUAUUCAGUCAGUCGUUCUCAAAGAGAAGUCAAGCAGACUCCCUUUAACCUGUAUUCUCUUUCCUCCCAGAACUAUAUCUGACUCUCAGUCUGUCCCAUAAAUUAAUUCAGAAACCAUCUUCAGGGGAAGCAGAUAUCAGCUCACACUAUUCACACAACUGAAAAUAUUGGGCAUCAAAUAGAUUAGUGUGUGAGAAUCAUAAAAUAAGUUCCUAGACAACAUUUGUUUUCCAUGUUAGUCAACUCUGAUCUUUCAGGACAGGUGGUAUUAGCUCCACUGUCUUAACAUAGUACACGGCACGUUACAGCCUUUCAAUGUUAACUCCUUUCUUUUUAAAUAAAUGUUUAUUGGAGGAAAAAAGCA